AUAUAAUUGGCGGUAGGAAUAUAAAACGCGAUUUCAUAAUUGGCGAUCGAUAGCCAAGAGAGAGGAGAGGGGAGGAGGAGGAAAUUAGAUGGAAAAUUUAGGGAAUUACAAGCUAGUGUUCUUGGGGGAUCAAGCCGUCGGCAAAACCAGCAUCAUCACUUGUUUCAUGUACGGUAACUUCGACACCAAUUAUCAGGCGACAAUUGGAGUAGACUUUUUGUCCAAAACUAUGAGGUAUGAAGACAGGACUUUUCGUCUGCAAUUGUGGGAUACUGCUGGACAAGAGAGAUUUCAAAGUAUUGUACCAAGUUACAUCAGAGAUUCUUCUGUUGCUGUUAUUGUCUAUGAUGUUGCUGAUAAGCAAACGUUUUUAAACACCUCCAAGUGGAUCCAAGAAGUUCGUGCAGAAAGAGGUAGCCAUGUCAUUGUUGUUCUUGUUGGUAACAAGACCGAUCUUAUUCACAAAAGGCAAGUUUCAAUAGAGGAAGGGGAUAAUAAAGCUAGUGAGUUUGGAGCUUUGUUCAUGGAGACUAGUGCCAAAGCUGGAUUCAACAUUAAGCCUUUGUUCUGUAAGAUUACAUCGGCGUUACAAGGAAACGAGGCAGUAUCUGGGACAAAACAAGAGGAUUUGGUGGAUGUGAAUCUUAAGGCAUCAACCAAAUCAUCUCGGGCAGAGCAUGAUCAAGUAGAGAGCAGUUGCUGUUAAUGACACUUAUACAUACAACAGACUCAGCAACUUAAGUUUUUUGGAUAAAUACUUGUUACAAUGAAGACCAAUUAGUUGGUGUGAUUAGACUAAAUCUCUCUGUAAACAUUGGUUUCUAACUUUAUUAUAUAAAUAUUGAUCAUCUUUAACUUGUU